AUAAACCAAGAUCUGUGAGAGAAUACAGCCACUUAAGGCGCACUGAGAUUGCCCAGAUCUUGUUGCAAUAACGCUGCGCCGAAGUUGGUACCGACUUCCUGUUUUGUGGCCGAGCAUCGGCUCAAGUGAUCUGUGACUCUGGGAUGUUCACGCCGUGUUAGUGCAGAGGAGGCCGGAGUAUGGAGCUGGUGUCCGUGCUGCACGAGUUCGAGUACACGGCGAAUGACGGUCGCCUCGUGUCCAUCAAGCCCGACGAAAGCUACGUCCUGGUCUCCAGAACCAACGAGCACUGGUGGCACGUCCGCAGGGACCAGCGCUCCAGACCCUUCUACGUCCCCGUGCAGUACGUGAGGGCGCUCGCGUCCCCCUCCGAGGACUCUCCCGGGCCUACCGAGGCCGACGCGAGGCCGCGUGAAGCGGCUACUCGCACGUCGGCUCCGGAGGCUUCCAGAGAGACUCGCCGCUUCUCCACUUUUGGUUUCUGUGAGAACAAACCAGAUGUGGCGCUCCGUGUGAGGCGAGAGGAGGAACAAGCCCCCGGCGGCUGUGCACGCAAACAGGACGACGCGAGAACGAGCGACUCAACACCAGUAUAUUCAUUUACGUCUGGGCAUCUGAGUGAGGACGGCCCGCUGUACGCGCGACCUCAUCCUGUGUCAAAGGUCAAAACCAGACAGAGUCAAACGGAUGAGAAAGUGGAGCAGCAACGCGCUUUUGUACUGGAUGAGGACACGGAUUACCCUUUACCCCCUAAUUCUCCCAUAUUUGGCACAAUACCGGAGCUGAACAUCUCCAAAUCUUCGAAGCUGCCCGGUCGCGUCGCUUCCAAUGACACGUUCAUGUUUGAGCGGCAGGACUCAGAUCAAGAUGCAGAAGUUACUUCUUCUACGGAUGGAGAUCCCUCUGAGCAGGUGAGUCUGUUUAUUUCAGUCUCCCUGUUUUCCAUUCAUCACUCGGUAUUCUGUGAGAUCAGAACGCGUCCCUGAGGUAUCGCGGCCAGCAGGUGGCGCAGUUUCAUCGCGUCAAAAGGCGGAGCGCUCGGUCACGGGCGCAGCUUCCUUCUGUGGCAGCUUCCUCUUUUUUCAGAACAGCAUAAACCGAUCCCAGAACAGCAUGAAGCGGCAUGUACCCGUCUCCUCGUCCAUAUGCGGAUCCCAUGUAAAUGAGGAUCGUUUAUGCGUUUUGCCGCUGAAGAAUCGAGCAAUGUUAUUGUUUAAUUUCAGAUGACGUUUUCACAAAUUUGAAUUAAUGGAUUUAGGACCCAUCUUCUCCACCAAGGGAUUUAAGUGUCAUUACAAAACACAAAAAGGACACAUUUUCCAUAACACUGAAUUUCUCACUUGUUGCAUGUAGUUACAUGCCUCAUGUUCAAGAGUAAUGUGACCAAAACACAGCAGCAUCGCCCACCUAAUCUCACUGUCAAACAAUGUCCUAGUUGUUUCACUUCCUGCUUUCAAGAGAAACAAAUACCUACUUUGAUUCAAUGUUUACAUUGGUUUAUCGGAUGAUUAUGUUUAUUUUGUUUGUAUGUUGAUAGGAAGACAUUUUCACAACUCUUGAAUACCAGU